UCCAGGACAAGAUAAAUGGAUAGUGUUGUGUCGUUGGGCGUCUCUCUUUCUCUCCCAUCUGCGAAAGCCGAGGGAGACCAAACCAAAACAAAAACAUCAUACAUAACCCAACACACCACAACACAACACAACACCGUAGGAGUACCAAUUUCAUGUCUCGGAUCCCGUGAUUCGGAUCCCCAAGACCCGUCUUCACAAACAACCUCGUACCCUAUUUUCGUUGGAUCCAGCGCCAUGACCCGGCGAUGCUCGCAUUGCAGCCACAAUGGACACAACUCCAGGACCUGCCCCAACCGCGGGGUUAAGAUAUUCGGAGUCCGAUUAACCGAUGGCUCCAUUCGGAAGAGUGCUAGCAUGGGUAAUCUCACCCACUACGCCGGUUCCGGGUCGGGGCCACUCCAUGCCGGGUCAAAUAACCCGGGUUCUCCCGGCGAAACCCCCGAUCACGCCGCCGCAGCUGAUGGUUACGCCUCCGAGGACUUUGUUCCCGGCUCUUCUUCUAGCUCCAGGGAGAGAAAGAAGGGUGUUCCAUGGACUGAAGAGGAACAUAGAAUGUUUUUACUUGGAUUGCAGAAGCUGGGCAAAGGCGAUUGGCGUGGAAUUGCAAGGAACUAUGUUAUAUCAAGGACACCUACUCAAGUUGCGAGUCACGCACAGAAAUAUUUCAUCAGGCAAAGCAAUGUGUCCAGGCGGAAAAGACGGUCCAGCUUGUUUGAUAUUGUUGCAGAUGAUGCCGCCGACACUCCAAUGGUACAGCAAGACUUCUUGUCAGCUAAUCAGAUACAGACUGAAACAGAAGGCAAUAACCCCUUGCCUGCUCCUCCUCCCCUUGACGAAGAGUGUGAAUCCAUGGAUUCCACAAACUCAAAUGAUGGAGAGCCUGCCCCAUCAAAGCCUGAAAAUACACAAUCAUCUUAUCCAGUGUUAUAUCCUGCAUAUUAUUCUCCAGUGUUCCCGUUUCCUCUGCCCUAUUGGUCAGGAUACAGUCCAGAACCCACCAAGAAGGAGACACAUGAAGUGCUGAAGCCAACUGCAGUACAUACUAAAAAUCCAAUCAAUGUUGAUGAACUGGUUGGCAUAUCAAAACUGAGUCUAGGGGAGUCUAUUGGUGACUCUGGCCCCUCAUCUCUGUCUCUAAAACUUCUUGAAGAAGGACCCUCUAGACAGUCGGCUUUUCACGCAACACCGACACCAACGUGUGGCAGUUCAAAUAUGAAUGGCAGUGCCAUCCAUGCAGUUUAAGCGUGUUCAAGGAAGAGACUGUCGUGUGACUGAGCAUUUUCAGUCAAUGGGGGGCUCGUGAAUGUGGUCUUGUGUUCAUCAUAUAUCUGUUUGUGGGGUGACCUAAAUAAUUUUUUCUUUGCCCAUUCACAGUGAUUAACCUAGUUUGUUUAUUUGCUGGUAGGCAGUAGCGUCUAGGAAUUACUUGGGAUCAGACUAAAACUUUAUGUUUGUUCAGUGAUUUUAUUUGUCAGGGUUAUGUAAAGUUAAUGUUGAUUGUGCAGUUUGACAAUCUACUAAGUUGUACUUCAUGUUUUAAGUGCUGGAUUAGAAUGUUGCAAGUGCGUGAUAGGGUUUGAAAUUGGUUGAGAUAGUUUAAAACUUACUUUGAA